UCCCCUGCUUUCUGGCUAAGCAAAACAUCGCAGCAUUCACUCCCACCCAACUGCCAUAUCAAGCCAUCGAUAGCAUCAGCUGGAGACGCCAUUAAAAUGGGAGGGUCCAUAGCUCAGUGACGAAUCAAUUCUCUCUCUCUCUGUCUCUCUCUCUUUCUCUCUCUGACUAAUCAAUGCUCUCUCUCUCUCUCUCUCUCUCUCUCUCUCUCUAUGUGAGUAAUGUGAGUAAGUGAUGAACCUGUCUUCCUCUGCUUUAUUUAUUCGGCCUCUCCACUGACUACGAAGCGGUAUAGGUUGGGACUCUUUCACUUCUCUCUGGUGUCUCUUUGCUUUCCGUGGGAUUGUAAAGAGAACCCCGUGUUCUUGUAGACGCAGACCCUCUUGGGUCAUCGCCAAUUCGUCGUCUUUCUCCAAAACCCCCCUCCCGACCAAAUUUCGUUUUGCAAGAUGGUGCAGCUGCACUCCAAGUCUGAUUCUGAUGUCACGAGCCUAGACCCAUCUUCUCCAAGAUCCCCAAAGCGCGCAGUUUACUUCUACCAAAGCCCUUCGAGAGAGUCCAAUGAUGGGGACAAAUCGUCCCUGAUGCAAGCCACCCCUGCAUAUAACAGCCCCAUGGAGUCUCCUUCUCAUCCCUGCCAUUCUCGGGGCUCUUCGGAGAGCCGGUUUUCGGGGCCGUUUCGGUCUUCUUAUUGGACCAAAGGGAGUAAUGGGAGGAAGAGGAAUGAGAAGGGUUGGCCUGAGUGUGAUGUGAUCCAGGAGGAAGGUGAUUAUAAGGAUGUGUUUGGGGAUAAUGGGCUUUCAAGAAGAUUUCAGGUUCUGAUGGGCGUUCUUGGAUUUGUGGUGAUUUUUAGUGUUUUUUGCUUGAUCAUUUGGGGUGCUAGCAGGCCUUACAGAGCCCAGAUCAGUGUUAAGAGCCUCACAGUGCAUAACUUCUAUGUUGGGGAAGGAUCAGAUUCAACCGGAGUGCCGACUAAGAUGGUGACAAUGAAUUGUUCGAUGAGGAUGACCGUGUACAACGAGGCCACAUUUUUUGGCAUUCAUGUCACCUCUACACCUGUCAAUAUUAUGUUCUCAAAGAUUGCAGUUGCAACCGGUCAGCUUAGGAAGUAUUAUCAACCAAGAAAGAGCCAUAGGACGGUGGCCGUGGUCCUUGAGGGGGAUAAAGUUCCGCUCUAUGGAGCUGGGGCGAGUCUAACCAAUUCUGAUAACAAUGGAGAAGUUCCAUUGACCUUAGUAUUUGAGGUCCUGUCGCGAGGGAACGUGGUAGGAAAGCUUGUCAGGUCAAAGCAUCGAAAGCACGUGUCUUGCUCUCUUGUUGUGAACCCAAAUAGCAACAGAAUCAUCAAGUUUAAGGAGCAUUCAUGUACAUAUGACUGAUCAGUCUGGAUUGAUCCACAAUUCCCUCGUGAAGGGCUCUGUGCGACGGUGAGGGAACUAAUGCUAGCUGGUCAGCUUUGCUUGCUUUAAGUUACCUGCUUUUACUCGCCCUUUCGGAGGAGAAAACAGAGUGUUCUAUACAUAGAUAGCUUUUACAAUGGAGUGAGAAAUGUACUGGAGCUUUGAUUUGUAGUGUAAAGCGGAAAAAAUGCUGUAUCAGCAGUCCACUGAGUUUGGAAUAUAAACAACAUUGAAGUAUUA